UUUUAAAACUUGACACAAGUUUCAGUCAUACUUAAAUCCAAAUGUUGUGCAGAUUUAAUUGCAACAACACUCAUUAGUAACUUUCAAUAUGCCUAGACAUUAUAUCAGAAAGACUAAUAGAGGAUUCACAGCAGAGUUGAUUAAAGCUGCUGCAGAUGAAGUUAUCAUUGAGAAUAAAUCAGUUAGAAGUACUGCAAAAAAAUAUAAUUUGUGUCAUGUCAGUCUGUCGCGGUAUGUAGCAAAAUUUAAAACAAGUAUGAAUAACGAUGAAGUAAGUAUACCAAAUGUUGGAUAUAAGGGGCCUAAACAAGUAUUCAGUGUAGACCAAGAACAAAUACUAUCUCAAUAUAUUAAAAAUUCUGCAGAUAUGUAUUUUGGACUCACCCCCCGUGACAUUAAACAACUAGCAUACCAAUUUGCACACAAACUAGGCCUGAAGUAUCCUGAGGUAUGGGGAAAAAACCUUAUGGCUGGGCCUGAUUGGUUUACAAAAUUUUUAAAACGAAAUUCUAGUCUUUCUCUCAGGCAACCAGAAGCAACCAGUUUAUCCAGGGCCAUGAAUUUCAAUAAAGCUAAUGUAAAUUUAUUUAUGGAUAAGUUUCAACAAGUGUUAUUAAAGUAUAAAUUUGAAGCUCAACACAUAUACAAUAUUGAUGAAACAGGUGUAACAACAGUUCAAACACCAUCCAAAGUAGUUGCUACUAAGGGGAAAAAGCAAAUAGGUGCUAUAACAUCAGCUGAACGGGGUGUUUUAGUUACUAUGUGUAUAGCAGUUAAUGGAAUUGGUUGUGCUAUACCACCAAUGUUUGUUUUUCCUAGGGUCAAAUUUCAUCAACAUUUUUUAAGGGGAGGACCUGCUGGAUGUGUUGGUACAGCCAACAAAUCUGGGUGGAUGCAAGGUCCAGAGUUCUUAACAUUUAUGGAACAUUUUGUAAAUCAUGUUCGACCAAGCCUCGAAAAAAAAGUGUUGGUGCUUUUAGACAAUCAUGAGUCGCACUUAUAUCUGCCAGUGAUUGAUUUUUGUAAAGAUAAUGGCAUUGUUUUAUUAUCAUUUCCACCACACUGCUCACAUAAGCUCCAACCACUAGACCGUAGUGUGUAUGGUCCUUUUAAAAAAUUUGUUAAUAGGGAAAUGGAUCAGUGGAUGACCAUGCACCCAGGGUCUAGAAUGACAAUCUAUGAUAUUCCACAAAUUGUGGCUGGUGCAUUGCCUGAUGCAGUAUCGCCUCGAAAUAUAAUGGGUGGUUUUAAAGUUUCUGGUAUUUGGCCAUUUGAUAGAAAUAUUUUUCGAGAAGACGAAUUUGCACCAUCCUUAGUUACUGAUGUAGAUGAACUGGAAACAAAUCAAAUAAAUCAAGAUACUCAUCCUGAAAAAGAAUUAUUCAACAGUCUUGAACCAGAAUUACGCAUCAGUCCUAAUCAAAUUGAUGUAAGUUCAAAUGUUGCUAUUCAAGUGUCAAAUGAUAAUUGUUCAAAUUCUACUAUUCUUAACCAAACACUGGCUGAUAAUCCAAUACCUUCAACAAGUUCCAAUGUGAUUUCACCAGAAAGUAUUCGCCCAUAUCCUAAGGCAGUAAGAGAACAAAAAUUAAAUAAAAAAGGUAGACAAAAAGGCAGAAGUGCUGUGUUGACUGAUACACCAGAAAAGAACGAAAUAGAAAAAAAAUUUAAAGCAAAAGCUGUUAAAAGAAACAUUUUUGAAUCAAAACAAAAACAGAAAGCCAAAACUAUAAAACCAAAAAAAGCUAAAAUGUCUAAGGAAAACAAUUAUAGUUCAGAUGAGGAUGAGACAUUUUGUUUAGUGUGCAUGGAAACUUUCAGUUCGAGUAAACCAAACGAACAGUGGAUUGAGUGUAGUAAGUGUAAGUUCUGGACUCAUGUAGACUGUGCAAGGGAAUGUAAGAGUCCGUUUUAUAGGUGUGAUAACUGCUACUAAAAGACUGAACAAUUUAAAUACCUAAUUACCCAUGUUUUUUAUUAUUAUUAAGUAAUGAAGGUUCCUUUAACUUAAUACCGAAGAGUGAUUUUAUUAUAAUUAAUUUUUUUUUGUUUAUUAAUUUGUUGUUAUGUUUAUUAUUAUUAUUAUUAUAAUUUUUACUACUGUUAUUAAUUAUACUUAUGUGUAAAAAAUAUUAUACAUGACACAAGGAGCUAUUUUAUUUUUAAUUAAUUUUGUUCGUUAUUUUUUAAUAUGAAUAUUUUUAUUAAUGUUAUUAAUACAACUUACUUAUGUGUAAAACAUGACUGAGAACUAUUUUAUUUUAAAUAAUUUUAUAUGACUUUUACUAUUCUAAUUUGUUUUUUUUUUUUUUGAAUAAAUAUGGAAAUUAAACAAUA